AUGGACGGCCCGAAGCGGCCCCCCAGUCGGCAGCAGCAGCUGCUGCUGCAGCUGCUGCUGCUGCUGCUGCUGCUGCAGCUGAAGCACAGGCAAAUAGGGCCAGCAGCAGCAGCAGCAGAUGCUACAGCAGCAGCUACCCCGCAACAAAGCAGCAGAUGCUUCUCAGUCUCUCCACUGCAACGCCGAUCCCAGGGAAAUGCAGCAGCAGCAACUGCAGCAGCAGCAACUGCAGCAGCAGCAACUGCAGCAGCAGCAACUGCAGCAGCAGCAACUACAGCAGCAGCAGCUGCAGCGGACACGGCAAGAGCAGGCGCGCGCACACCCCGUGCGUUUCUCGUUGCACAAGGUGCCUGCAGCAGCAGCAGCAGCAGCAGCAGCAACAGCUGCAGCAGCAGCUGUAGUAGUCGAAGGAGACAGAGCAGCAGCAGGCACAAUAGCAGCAGAAGCAGCAACGGCAGCAGCAGCUGCUGCAGCGACAGCAGCAGCAACGAUUUUGUAAGGGCCUCUAAACAGGCUAAGAUAUAUGACGGUCUGUUGGAGCCCCUUGAACAAGCAGCACUUGCUGCAGCAGCGCAACACAGCAGAAGCAGCAACAGCAGCAACAGCAGCAGCAGCAGCAACAGCAGCAACAGCAGCAGCAGCAGCAACAGCAGCAACAGCAGCAGCGGCUGCUGUGUCACUGUUGAGGGGGCUGAGCUGCUGAGAGGCGCAGCAGACCCCCAGGGACUCCAGACGUUCGCCUUAGACCUCCUGGCAUCCCUAGGACUGAAGAGAAGCCACGUGCGGGUGCGCUGCGUCGGGGAGCAGCAAAUGCAACAAAUCCGCAGCGCCUAUGACCCGAGCAGCAGCAGCAGCAGCAGCAGCAUCAGCAGCAGCAGCAGCAGCAGCAGCAGCAGCAAUGUGUGUGUAGGUUCAACAGAUGCCUUAUCAUUUGCUGCUGUGGACCCCAGGCGUUUUUCUCAAAGGCGCGAGCUGCUGCUGAAGGCAGCAGCAGCAGCAGAAGCAGCAAGAGGUGCUGCAGCAGCUCCUGCUGCAGCAACCUUGGCAGCUGCUGCAGCACCGGCCACAACCCCUACCGCAGCAGCAGCAGCAGCAGCAGCAGCAGAGGCUCGGCUGCUGCUGCAGCAGGGACUGAGGGCAUUGCGCAGACGGCGGCGGCGGACGUUCUUAGGGGACGUCUUUCUAUGCCCCUCUGUGGUGUACAGACAGCAGCAAGACGACAGGAGACAGCUGGAGGCUGCUGCAAUGAGAGACGAAGAGCCUGAACCUCUCCCUCAAAAAGGCGUGCUGCGGCGUUUGUUGCGGUCCUGGUAUAUAGAGGAGAGACUGCAGCUGCUGCUUGUACACUCAAUAUUGCAUCUACUUGGGUUUACCCACGACACUCCGCAACAGACCGAGCGGAUGAGAGAAGUAGAGGAGUUUGUAUGCUGCAUAAACCCCCCGCGGCAAUUCAGGCUAUAUGUGGCUGGCGUGGGGAUGGAUAUUGUUUCUAUAGAGCGGUUUCACAGGACCCUUCGCCGUUUGCUGUCAGCAGACGCAGCAGCAGCAGCAGCAGCAGCAGCAGGAGAGGACCCGCGUGCUGCAGCAUCUGCAGCAGCAGCAACAACGGGGUGUACAUGCAGCUCUAUGUGCCGAUACACCUCAAACCUGCUGUCUCCACUUGAGGCUGCUGAGAUGCGUCUGUCUUUUCCGUCUCUCUUUCGUAUACACUGGGCCGCGAGGCAGCAGCAGCAGCGCAGCAGCAGCAACAGCAGCAGCAGCAGCAGCAGCAGCAGGGCAGCAGCAGCAGCAAGUGCAGCAGCAGCUGCAGCAGCAAGUGCAGCAACUGCUGCAGCACACGAAGCAGCAGCACUAAGGAAGGCCUCCCGGUUCUUAAGUCGCAGAUUUGCUGCGAAGGAGGCAGCAGUGAAGGCUCUUGGGGUUGGCUUGAGCAUCCUCAGCCCAAGCGGUUUGCGUCUAAGAGACAUUGAGGUGCAGCACGGGCCGACAGGAAAGCCGCUGCUGCUGCUGAGGGGAGCAGCAGAAGCACUUCGAGUGUCUCGGCAGCUGCGGGCUCUCCUUCUGUCUCCUUCUGAUGAUGCUGGGGUUGCUGCAGCGCAGGUGGUCGCUUGCUGCUAA